CCCCGCCCCCACCCCCAAGACCUCUCACCAUCCCCUUCCCCCUUUUAAUGUGAGAGAUAGGAAAGAGAAACCAUAUUUUAAAGUUGGGAAAACAAAAGGCAUUAUUCUGUGGUGAAGUGGUGUCCUGAACGUUGUCCUCAUAUACUCUUUUCCCAUUACUAGUUUCUCUGUUCCCUUUAGAACUGGAAGGGACAGGGAUUCUAGGCAGUUUUGUCUUGAGAGAUGGAGGAUACAACUUUUCUUUAAGUUAGGAAAUGGGCUUCUCAAGCUAAAAAUAGAAGCUGGGUGGUGUGUGGAUGGGGGGGUUGGUAAAUCAGACAUCAUGUAAAAUAUUUUGGAUGCCCCAGGCAUUAUCUGCUUAUCCAAACAAGCUACCUUUUAGGGUAUUACAAAUUUAGAAUCCAGAAAGGGGGAUACUUUGUGAGCAGUAUUUUUUCUUCGUAGUUCUACUUAUAACAGAUUUUUGGUUUUUACUUUUCUGAAAGUAAUUGACUUAUUUUUCAAUAAAAUACGAAAGUGGCAUUUGAAUGUGCUUCCUGCCUUCUGCCUUGAUCAUGGUGUGAAAAUUCUGGAAUCUUAUCCUGUUGCUCUUGUGAUUCCCAUUUCAGGUUUCUCUGGAAACCCCCCUGGUAAGUGUGGAGGAGGCGGGACACUCUGACCCAAGACAAAAGGCCUGUAGCUCCAGCCAAAGAAAAUAAACCUUAGGGAGAAGGAAAAAAAAAAAAACCAAAACAAAACAGCCCGUCAGCUGUUCCUGAGAACAGCCUGCAGUGGAAUCUACAGAGGACAACCAAUGUGAGUGAGGAAGUGACUGUAUGUGGACUGUGGAGACAGUAAGUCACGUGGGCCUUGAGGGCCUGGACUGGGUUAGCAACAGUUGUACACGCUGAGGUGAGGUGCCGAGAAGGGAAAAGUGAAUGUGGUCUGGAGAGAGGCCUUGGCUUCACAGGGUGUGCUUUCCUCUGAGGCCAUCCGGGAGCUCAGCCCCUGUGUUCUGCCAGGGAGGGAUACAGGGUUUGGCCCUGAGGAGGGUAACUUGCUGGCUGGAGCACCAGAGCAGUGGCCUUGAUUUGUCUUUUGGAAGAUUUAAAAACCAAAAAGCAUAAACAUUCUGGUCCUUCAGCAAUGCUUUCUCUGAAGAAAUACUUAACGGAAGGACUUCUCCAGUUCACCAUUUUGCUGAGUUUGAUUGGGGUGCGGGUGGACGUGGAUACUUACCUGACCUCACAGCUUCCCCCGCUCCGGGAGAUCAUCCUGGGGCCCAGUUCAGCCUAUACUCAGACCCAGUUCCACAACCUGAGGAAUACCUUGGAUGGCUAUGGUAUCCACCCCAAGAGCAUAGACCUGGACAAUUACUUCACUGCCCGGCGGCUCCUCAGUCAGGUGAGGGCCCUGGACAGGUUCCAGGUGCCGACCACUGAGGUCAACGCCUGGCUGGUCCACCGGGAUCCAGAGGGGUCUGUCUCUGGCAGCCAGCCCAGCUCAGGCCUCACCCUCGAGAGUACCAGUGGCCUCCAAGAUGUGACAGGCCCAGACAACGGGGUGCGAGAAAGCGAGACGGAGCAGGGAUUCAGUGAAGAUCUGGAGGAUUUGGGAGCUGUAGCCCCUCCGGUCAGUGGAGACCUAACCAAAGAGGACAUAGAUCUGAUUGACAUCCUUUGGCGACAGGAUAUUGACCUGGGGGCUGGGCGUGAGAUUUUUGACUAUAGUCAUCGCCAGAAGGAGCAGGAUGUGGAUAAGGACGUGCGAGAUGGAGCGGAGCAGGAGGACACCUGGUCAGGCGAGGGCGCAGAAGCUCUGGCGCGAAACCUGCUAGUGGAUGGAGAAACUGGGGAGAGCUUCCCUGCACAGGUGCCUGUUGGGGAGGACCAGACGGCCCUGUCCCUGGAAGAGUGCCUUAGGCUGCUGGAGGCCACCUGCCCCUUUGGGGAGAAUGCUGAGUUUCCAGCAGACAUUUCCAGCAUAACAGAAGCAGUGCCUAGUGAGAGCGAGCCCCCAGAUCUUCAAAACAACCUCUUGUCUCCUCUCCUGACGGGGACGGAGUCGCCAUUUGAUUUGGAGCAGCAGUGGCAAGAUCUCAUGUCCAUUAUGGAAAUGCAGGCCAUGGAAGUGAACACUUCGACCAGUGAGAUCCUGUACAGCACCCCUCCUGGAGACCCCCUGAGCACCAACUACAGCCUUGCCCCCAACACUCCCAUCAAUCAGAAUGUCAGCCUGCAUCAGGCGUCCCUGGGGGGCUGCAGCCAGGACUUCUCACUCUUCAGUCCUGAGGCGGAGAGCCUGCCUGUGGCCGGCAGCUCCACGCUGCUCCCGCUGGUCCCCAGCAACUCCACCAGCCUCAACUCCACCUUUGGCUCCACCAACCUGGCGGGGCUCUUCUUCCCGCCCCAGCUCAACGGCACGGCCAAUGACACGGCAGGCCCUGAGCUGCCCGACCCACUGGGUGGCCUGCUGGACGAAGCCAUGCUGGACGAGAUCAGCCUGAUGGACCUGGCCAUCGAGGAGGGCUUCAACCCCGUGCAGGCCUCCCAGCUCGAAGAGGAGUUCGACUCUGACUCAGGCCUCUCCUUGGACUCCAGCCAUAGCCCUUCCUCCCUGAGCGGCUCCGAAGGUAGCUCUUCUUCCUCCUCUUCCUCCUCUUCCUCCUCUUCCUCUUCCUCUUCCUCUGCUUCUUCUUCAGCUUCUUCCUCCUUUUCUGAGGAAGGUGCUGUUGGGUACAGCUCUGACUCUGAGACCCUGGAUCUGGAAGAGGCCGAGGGCGCUGUGGGUUACCAGCCCGAGUACUCCAAGUUCUGCCGCAUGAGCUACCAGGACCCGUCGCAGCUCUCCUGCCUGCCCUACUUGGAGCACGUGGGCCACAACCACACGUACAACAUGGCGCCCAGCGCCCUCGACUCCGCCGACCUGCCACCGCCCGGCGCCCUCAAGAAAGGCAGCAAGGAGAAGCAGGCCGACUUCCUAGACAAGCAGAUGAGCCGGGACGAGCAUCGAGCCCGAGCCAUGAAGAUCCCCUUCACCAAUGACAAAAUCAUCAACCUGCCGGUGGAGGAGUUCAACGAGCUGCUGUCCAAGUACCAGCUGAGCGAGGCCCAGCUGAGCCUCAUCCGCGACAUCCGGCGCCGGGGCAAGAACAAGAUGGCGGCGCAGAACUGCCGCAAGCGCAAGCUGGACACCAUCCUGAACCUGGAGCGGGACGUGGAGGACCUGCAGCGCGAUAAAGCCCGGCUGCUGCGGGAGAAGGUGGAGUUCCUCCGGUCCCUGCGGCAGAUGAAGCAGAAGGUCCAGAGCCUGUACCAGGAGGUGUUUGGGCGGCUGCGGGAUGAGAACGGGCGGCCCUACUCGCCCAGCCAGUACGCACUCCAGUAUGCCGGGGACGGCAGCGUCCUCCUCAUUCCCCGCACCUUGGCCGACCAGCAGGCCCGGCGACAGGAGAGGAAGCCAAAGGACCGAAGAAAGUGAGCCUGGGGAGGAGAGGGGGGUUGACGCUCACCGGGAUGGAAACUGGAGAAGGGCUGGACCUGGACCUACAGGGGGACUCGAAUGCCUUCUUAUCCAAUAGAUCUCAGAUGGGAUGAACUGCCGGUCAGUGGACAGGAAGAGGAGGGCGCAGGCGCUGUCUGGCUCAGCUUCCCCCUGUGGGGCGGGGAAGGGGGGCGGAAGCAGCCAGACCGUUUGGGUGGACAGGGUCCUCGCCCCUGCUGUUUCCUUUGAGGGAAGGGGUGGUGCUCGCAUUGCUGGAGGCCGACCAAGGGGAAAGGGGGGAAUCUUGUGAGAGGAAAGUCCUAGAAAGUCUCAUUCUUGGAAAGAAGAAAGGAGGGAAGGGAGGAAAGAAGGGGGAUUAAAAAAAAAACCCCAAAAAAAAUCAAAGCGGGAAGAAAAUCAAAGGGCAGGUUAAGGUUGGCUCUGCCAGAGUACCAGAGGGCAGGUUUAGGUGGGACUAGGCCCUAGGCAGGAGUAAUCCCCACUUCACCCCGGGGGAGGGUGGAACACAAGGUAGGAUCUGGGAGGGGCCUUGUGGGCUCUUUUAGCUCCUGCCCUGUGGAGCCCCAAAGGGGAGCUCUUGGGUGUGUCCUGUAAUGUUUUCAUUUGUAGGGGAGCCACUGGGACCCAACACUCGCUUGAGGAGUUAGGGUCAGAGAGGGAACAGGAAAGGGUCACGAGGCCCCCGUGCCGUGUUGCAGCAGCCCCAACACCAAGCAUGUCCUUCACUGCCCUGCCACUCCCAUCUCCCUCUGUGCCCGGUCCCCCCUGAGCUGAGGCACCCACGUUUCCAUCCGAGCCUGCAUGCGAAGGCUGUUCUCUGCCCGCCUGUGUGCCCCUGCCCCUCCCCGCUGCCUGGAGCUCUUCUGCAGCUGGGGCGCUGGCAGUGCCCCCAGUGCUGAGCCUGUGGCCUCCUGGGGGCUACUCUGAGGCAGGGGGAUGAUGUGGACAAGCCAGGCAGUAUUCAGCACAAACUGGGGAGUGACACUUCCCUCAGGCCUCCCCUACCAACAACUGGGCAUGUCACUGGAAGACAAAAAAAAACCCACAAAACCCAGCAACAAAAACUAGUCCUUUUAGAAUUUCUUGCGCUUUGAUUUUUUUUAGGGCUUGAGCCCCGUUUCACUUAUAGGGUCUAGAAUGCUUGUGUUGAGUAAAAAGGAGAUACCCCAAUAUUCAAAGCUGCUAAAUGUUCUCUUUGCCAUAAAGACUCCGUGUAACUGUGUGAACACUUGGGAUUUUUCUCCUCUGUCCCGAGGUCUCUGUCUGCCUUUUUUUUUGUUAGUUUGUUUCUUUCUAGGAGAAUGAGAAGUGCAUGUAAUGGGGGCUGAGAGCACCUACCCCCAGGCUCUCGGCCAUAGGCUGCUUCUCUAUACCCCCCAGUUUAGUAAAGACCCCAGUCAGGAGGAUUGCCUAGGGGAGGCAGAGAGGGGAGCAGCGCCAAGGUGGCCAGAUGGUUCCAGGACCACAGUGUCUUUAUUUUUAACUCUUUGCCACUGCUGCCCCCACCCCUGCCUGGCUCUGGAGUACAGUCAGCUCCAGACUAGCAGGAGUGAGUUGUGGGAAGAGAAGUGCCAGAUUCUCCUCCCCGCUGGGGGGGCAGGGGGAAGCGGGGUGUUCUGAGCAGUGGGGAUACAAGGCACGAGCCUGGGAAGUGCUUUUAUAAAUUAUUUUCCUUGUAGAUUUUAUUUUUAAUUUAUCUCUGACCUGCCAGGGAGAGGAGAGGGGAGAGAGAGAGAGAGAGAUGCUGUGAGCACAUGACAAAAUAAAAUAAAAU